AUGCCCCAAGCCGCGAAACCUCACAACAGAAACAGGAAGAAGAAACGCCUUUCACGGUUCCUAGCACUUCCGCGAGAGAUCAGAGACGAAAUAUACUACUACGCGCUCGACUGGCCAAACCUUAACAACGUAUUCAAGGCCCUUGAAGAACAAGAGAAAAAGACCGAAGAAGAGCAUGAUAAGCUCCAUAAAAGCCAGCCGCGAUGCCGCAUCCCGAGGCCACAUCCCCAGCUCCAGACACCGGGCCUGCUUCUCGUCAAUCGGCAACUCUACACGGAGGCAAUUGAUGUUCUGCGCCAGAAGCCGCUCAUAAUCCCAGGGCCACCGCCGCGCUGUUAUGCGACUGGAUUUGACUAUGGUAUCACGGAGGUUGUCGGCGAAGAGACGUUGCAGCAUGCUCCCCACUUGACGCUUGAGAUUGACUUCCUUUACUGGCCGUGGGACCAUGUCCUCGAAACGCUUCUGGACGUUUGGAGCGUGAAGCAGAGCCUGAAGAUGCUGGUCGUCCGGGUUUCAAAGAAGCUGAUCGCCGGGCAUGUAGCUCUGGAUCUACCUCCAGAGUCACCUAAGUAUCAGUUUAGCCCAAGCAGACAUGGCUAUGUUCAUGCAACAACUCUGUCUAGGCUUCUGCACCUCAGCUACGAUGUGCCAAUCACGAUGGAGAGGCUGGAAGGGGAACUCUUUGACUACAGAAUGGUCAAUGAUUACACUCAUGGCGUAGUUGGCCCAUAUCAUUCUCUACAAUGA